AUGGCUCUACCUCCUCACUGCGACGUCCUCGUCAUUGGAGGCGGCAAUGCCGGCUUCUGCGCCGCCAUAUCAGCAGUUCAAUCCGGUGCUCAGAAAGUGAUCAUCAUUGACAAAUGUCCUCAAAACUGGGCAGGAGGAAAUUCUUACUUCACUGCAGGAGCAUUCCGGACUACCCAUGGUGGUCUGGAGGAUCUCCUUCCCAUUGUGAAUAAUGUUGAUACGGCCACAGCACAGAUGAUUGAUAUGAGUCCGUACACAGCGGCUGACUUCACGAAUGACAUGGAGCGAGUGACAGGAAAGAGGACGGACCGUGAGCUCAGCCGAGUCCUCGUCGAUGAUUCAAACGCAACCAUUAAGUGGCUUGCGGAGAAUGGUGUCCGGUUCCAGCUUUCUUUUAACCGACAAGCGUAUGAGGUGAACGGUCGGAUCAAGUUCUGGGGGGGUCUGGCCUUGAAGACCCAGGAUGGAGGCAAAGGGCUCAUUCAAGACCACCUCAGGACGGCCCAGAAACUAGGUAUUGAUAUUUUCUUCUCAACGGCUGCAGAGAAGCUCGCCACGGACCCAGUGACCCGUGCUGUAACGUCGGUGUCGGCUGUGCACCAUGGCCAAGUGAAGGUGAUCAAGACAAACGCCGUGGUACUCGCUGCUGGUGGCUUCGAAGCAACCCGCGGAUGA